UGAGACAGAAAAACUAAAACCAAGAGAAAAAGAAAUGUACUCGCGAUCAAACAGCGUGACUCUGACGGUGCAGCAGGAGAGCUUCGGCUUCCCCAGGCUGGCGACCCGCAACACGGAGCCCGAGGUCUUCACCUUCGAGCGGGUGCCGGCUCAGGCCACCGCGCUGCUCUCUUACUCGCCGAUCCGGCCGAGGAAGCGCUGCACUCGGGUGAUGUACCCGGCUAAAGUCCGCAUGCACCUUCCGCCGCCGGAGAAGAGCCCGGCCAAGCGCUGGCUGCUCAUCCUGUGUCUGGUGGUGCUGUGGCAGAUCUACACCGAGGAGCCCUGCGCCGACACGCUGCCGGGCAGCGCAGACGGCCCGGUGUCCGUCAGCGACUACCAGUGCUUCCCCUUCCACCACCAGUCCGCGGAGGAGCCGCAGCAGCAGCUCACGGACCUCGGCCCCGGAUCCGAGCUCCUGUCGGCCACACCGAAGAUCUGAGCGCUGCACGGUGGCUCCUUCGGUUGAACAAAGCCCGGAUAGGAGACCGGGAGCAGCUGGUUUCAGCAGGGCGCCAUGGAGAGCUAAACACGGCGGCUCUGCUGGUCUACGGCACAGCGGGUAGCGACAGCUGAGACACCCGGGACUGAGCUACUCGUCCAGGAGUCCAGUGCCUCCGGGAUCCACGGUGAAACGAGCUGGAGUUGAUCCCGUGCAGCUGCUGGAGAUCAGCGGUGCGCACCGCGAGGCACGGCCGGGCAGAGAGCUCCAUGCGCCGGCUUCUUCUCCUCCCUGCCAGCGGGGGAGGACACGGUCUGGAACCGGACACAAGAAAGAAAGAAAGAAAGAAAGAAAGAAAGAAAGAAAGAAAGAACUAUGAACACAAAGACUGAAACUUGAAGUAAAGAAAACUUGAACUCUACAGUGUGUUUUACACACUGACUGCACUCUAACUGGAUGUUUUACAUGUUUAUAAAACUGUCACUUGAACGAGCAGAAACUGACACUGCCUGUUGUCUAAAUGUCUUAUUUAGUUAUUUAUU